AUGUGUUUAUAUCCCCAGGUGAUCAUUUUGUGGUUCCAAGACUUCUCUCUGGAGGACUCAGGCACAUGCAGUGCAGACGCCCUCACACUCCAGCAUGAGCUGGGGAUCAUAGGGACAUUCUGCGUUUAUUCCAAGCCUAAGCUGAUAGUGUCACUGGGAAGCAGUCUGAUGGUGCGUUAUGUUACAAACGACAGAUAAAUAGACAAAGGAUUCAAAGUUGUUGUUCUACAGGGCGAGUAUGGGGAGCUGAUGACCCCAGGUUUUCCAGAGAAGAACUAUGAGAAUGUUGGGGUGUACCAGAUAUGUUUAGAUAAUUUGUUUCAUAUUCACUUAUUUACCGGGAAUCUGUUUGGUCGGAAAGGCGAGAUCCACCCUCUGGCUUUUCCCAAUAACUCUCCAGCAAAUCUGUGGUGUUUCUGGAGCAUCAGCAUGCCUGAGGGCUUAUUGGUCAAACUCCACAUCACUGAUUUAGCCAUUGUGGGUGAAGCAGGAGAGUGCAGUCAGGACAGACGUGCCAUCACUAACAGCCAGCAGUCACUGGGUAAACAUUGCGCAUACCUUCCUCCUGUGCUUGUCGGUGUCAGUAACAAGAUUGCUGUGAAUUUCCACUCUGACAGUUGGCUAUCUGACUGUGGUGUCUCUGUCAGGUGGGAAGUUGUGUAUGCAGAGGAUAUAGCUGAUAUCCAAGGCUGUGGUGGUUUCUCGAGUGAGGAGACUGGAGUCAUCAAGUCUGACGACUGGCCCAUGAACUACGCCCCCAACAGAGAGUGUAUGUGGAAGGUGCAGGUCCCUGAGGGCAUAACCAUCAUACCGACAUUCACCCACUUUGACUUGGAGCUUGACAACAUGAUCAUUUACGAUGGAGCAAAUGGCACCGCUAAGAAAUAUGGUCCCUACUGUGGUGACAAACUCCCUCCUGUGAUCAAGAUGACAGGAAACAAGCUGGUGAUGUGUUUCCAGACUGACUUCUUCAAAGAGGAGAAAGGAUUCGGAGCGUACUGGAGCACAGAUCCCACACUGCCUGCUCCUCCUGAAGUGCCUGUAUUUCAAGUUUUCAGCUCACCACUCUCAGCAGACUGGCCAGAGAUGUGCGGAAGGCUGAAGGGUCCCCCCAUGGUGAACACUCGCAUUGUGAAGGCCAAACCUCACUCCUGGCCCUGGCAAGUGUCCAUGCAGGUACGGCCAAAAGUCUUCAUCCGCCCACAUACACCUCACACUAACUCUGCAGACUCGGUAACAUGUCUCAGAGAUACUGGGUAUGCAGAUGAGCUGCAGAGAUGGCAGAUAUGCCUGGGAAAAUACAGCCUGACCCAAUCAGAACCCAGCAAGUAGUGCUACAGUGUUCUAGGCAGCUAUCUCCAUGAGAGCUUCAAGUAUCCCACAGUGCCCACUGUGCAGUUCGACAUUGCCCUGGUGUGCCUGGACAGAGAGGUCACCCCUACUGAGCAUAUUGACUUCGCCUGCAUGCCCUCAGUCAAGGCGAUGCUUCCAGGAGGAAAGAAAUGGCACACUACAGGCUGGUGAGAUGAAACAAGCGAGUCAAUGGCUCCUAAAGUGGAGGAGAAUCUGAGCCAUGUUGCUCUUCCUGUGGUUCCCCUUGAUAUCUGUAAAUGCAUGGACUACUGGUGGUUCCAUGUCAAGCCCUCAGUGAUCUGCCGUGGAUACACUCUCCCUGAUGAGCUCAAGUCUGUGUGUCAGGGUGACUCAGAUGGGCCAUUCGUGUGUAAAUCAGCUGACACUGGCUCGGAGGUGUACAGUGUGGUGAGCUUCGGUCCUCGUGGCUGGAUUAUGGAUGAAAAGCCGUCCAUGUUCACUUGGCUCUCAGCCUUCAACAUUGGAUGGAUAGAAGACCCCAUCAAAUGAUACAUCUACAACCCCAAU